AGGAAGUGGAAAAUGUGCUCAAAAGAUAACAUCGUCAAGUUAAACGUUGGUGGUACUGUUUUUCAAACUUCCAAGUCUACUCUCACCAUGAUCGACGGAUUCUUUAAGAUGAUGCUCGAGAGUGACAUUCCGCUCCAGAAAGACGAUUCCAACUGCAUCUUCAUCGACCGCUCUCCGAAACAUUUCGACAUAAUCCUGAACUUUCUGAGAGAUGGCGACGUGGAUCUUCCUGAGCAAGAAAAAGAGAUCAACGAAGUCAAGAGAGAAGCUCAGUUCUACCUGUUGGAGGAGUUGGUCGAUCUGUGUCAUAGAAAAAUCAAUACAAAAAUUCGUGUACUAAUAAGUGGCACUGAAAAAAUAGAGUUCUAUACAAAAAACGACAAGCCACGAUUGUUGAUAAAGUAUCCUGAAAAGAAUCUAGAUGAAUCGCCCAUUUUGGACAUCGACUGGGGGAGUUUAAUGGAAAAGUAUAGAGAUCAAUUUCACAUUGCUUUCGCACCACAAAACAACUGUUCCUUGAGCGCAAAUUGUCAAUUCAAGUCAGUCAAGUCAAGUAUCUUUCUGAGUAUUGGGGAUGUAUCAAAUGAUUGUGAGCAAUUUAUUGAUAAUUUUUUAAAGAAACAUUGUGGAUUCUAAUUAAUUUUUUUAAAUCCUAAUUGUGCCAAUCAAUAAAUCAAUAAAGUUAUUAUGUUUUUC